AUGAGAAAAUUAAAAACACGCAAUGGCAGGUUCGUGAAUAAGAAUCCGUACAAUGGGUAGAAUAGGAAUUAAACAUUGGAAAAAAAAUCGAGGACCGCGUUCCAAUUGUGCCCUCGUGCCGACCUCGUCCUCCUUUAAAACCGAAAGCUCCGAAGAGAUCUCUCUCAUCUCCACCCCCGAAUUCCCCAAAACCCUAACCCUAGCCAUAACCCCAGAGCUUAUCAUCCAUCAUCCAUGGCGCAAAGAGAGAAGAAGGAGAUGGAGCUCCAAGUGCCCGAGAACUGCCUUCCAGCCGCCGGAUUCUCGUCUCCGACGUGCUCCGCUCGAGAUCCACCCCGAUCGGGACCGAUCCAGCCGCAGGAGUCAUCGGAAGGAGGGAAGAGGUUGAGAUCAGAUGAAGACAAGGAGAAGGAGGAGGUGGUGAAGCCGGCGUUGGUGCCGUCCAAAGCGGUGAGUCGGUGCGCGGGGUGUAGAAAAAGGGUGGGGUUGAUGGGGUUCCGGUGCCGGUGCGGCGAGCUGUUUUGCGGCGAUCACCGGUACUCCGAUCGGCACGAUUGCAGCUUCGAUUACAAGGCGGCCGGCAAGGCGGCGAUCGCCAGGGAGAAUCCGGUUGUCAGGGCGGCGAAGAUCGUUCGGAUUUGAGAGGAAGUUUGGGGGUAUUAUGGGCAGAAGUGGAAGGUUCUAGAGGAUGGAUGGGGGGUAUUAUGGGAAGGAUAAAAGUUUGUGGGGUUAGAAUGGGAAUGGGUUUGGGUGGAGAAAUAGAGAUAGA